GUGUUCAUGAGCAUCUGACAUAAUAUUAUAUAAAAGCUUGGUAGCAGUCACGUCUUUGACAUUUUCAUGUCUAUAUAGACCUUCUCAUUGCCUGCAAGUAGAGAUUUGGUGGGUUUUUAAUUCUUAGUUUCCAUCUGAUCCUGAUUUUAAUCAGAAUCACACUUGAAGAUUUCUUUUCCAAGUUUACACUUUGAUUCAUGGCGGAGGAGAAACCGAGGAAGAGCCUGACCAGCAGUGGCAGCAGAGGUUCUCUCAAGACCAAGAAUCCGUUUAGCCGUGUGAAAGACGAAGAUGACAACAAAAACAAGACAGGAUUGUCGAUGAGGAAGUCGUGGUCCACGGACUCACUUGGUCUGCUCAGCAACAGCAACCGGUUGGGGAUGAUGGUCUGUAUCUGUGCUCCUACAAAGCACGAAGGCUCGUUCCGUUGCAGGCUUCACCGUUCAUCAGCCACAAGCCAUGGUCCAGCUACUACGCAACUUCAUCUUCCAAAGCCCUUGCUUUCUUCUCGUCGUCUCGAUGACCAAUAAUGUCACAUAGUCUCUUUCGUUAUUCACAAAACCAAUAUUGUACGGUCCUGAUUGUAUUGAAGAUUGUUUUUUCUAUUCAUGUAAUCAUGUGUUCAUAUAAAACAUGUACUUAUGUGUAAUGCGUUUUUAAAUUACUUUUUU